AUGUAUGUGCUGCUCAAUUUGAAGGAUGAGGCGAUGCUGCAGAGUGUUGUACAGUUAUUGUUCUCCCAUGGUCAUCGGACGCUAUCCAUCGGUGAAACCAUCGAGAAUUUGUGUCCGACUUGCGAGAAGUCGAGCGCCGCUGCUGAUGCGCCACCACCGCCGCCAGAGUUCACCUGUUCAACACCAAUAAAACAGAAUUCAAAGCCGUACUUGAAGCGAGCUUAUGACAAUGUCUCCCCGAUUAUGGCCAACGCUCCAUCGUCGAAGUACGAAGAAGUCAGUGUGAAAGAAGAGCCGAGCGAUGAGGGAAACGAUGAGCCGGAUAUGACUGGCGAUAUUGAAGAGGACACCGACAGCUUCAAUUUGAGUCAGGCUUUAGAGUUGUUCGAUCAGACGAAGCAGAAUGAGGCGAAAAGUGGUGGAAAGAAGACGAAGCACGAGGAGCCGUUCGGCGAACUAUUCCAAUGUCAACUCUGCAAGAAAUGCAUAUCGCGGCACGGCCAAUACGCGAAUCUUCUGAAUCAUUUGUCGAGACAUGCGCGCCUUCACGCGUCGAAAAAACAGUAUUGUUGUCCAAAAUGCGGUUCGAGCUACACGCGGCGAUAUUUGGCAUCGGCUCACAUUAAGGAAGUGCACAAUGACAUGUCUACCGAGCCGCACGAUUAUGCGCACGAGUUGCGCGAGGAGUACAAAAGCCUCCUCGAGAUUUGUUUUCCCGGCGCUGGACAUCGCCGAGGGAAAUCGUCGAGCGCCGAAUAUUCGUCGUCGGUGAAAACGGCGAUUAUGAGCAUUCUCGAUGAGAAUGACAUUUUCCUUCCGCAAUCGGAAUUGUCGCUGAAUGAGUCGGUGAAGCGCGAUGUUGUCGAGGUUCACGUGGGAAGCGACAAGGCGACGUCGGUGAAAGAGGAGCCCGGCGACGGGCCGAGUCCGAAAUCGGCGAAAUUAGAUUCCUAA